AUGGCAGCUGGGAAGAUGCGCAUGAAGAAAAAUAAGGAGGAAACUGCCGAGUGGACGGAGUUAUUCCCGAACGACUUUAAAUCUGCGCAGGAGUCUUUGCUCUUUGUGAAAAGGAUGAUGGUCGUGGCUGUCUCCUCUAUCACCUAUCUCAGGGGCAUUUUUCCAGAGGAUGCCUACAGAUCCAGAUAUCUGGAAGAUUUUUGCAUCAAAAUCUUGCGUGAAAACUGCAACACUCCUGGUGCAGCCAAAAUUGUGAAAUGGUUGAUGGGCUGUUUCGAUGCAUUAGAGAAACAAUACCUCCAGCUUGUGUUCAUUGGGGUCUGCGCUGAUCCUGAUGAACCCAAUCGGAUAAUUGAGUCCUACCACUUCAAAUUCAGAUACAGUGCAAAGGGACCAGAGAUGGACAUACUCAGGAACAACGGUAUAAAGAUGCAAGUGACCAUGGACGACACCAAAAAGGCUUUGGUGCUUCUCAUCAGGAAGCUCUUUCUGCUUAUGCAGAACCUGGACGCCCUCCCCAGCAACGUCUACCUGACCAUGAAGCUCUACUACUAUGAUGAGAUCACCCCUGCUGACUACCAGCCGCCUGGUUUCAAGGAGGGGGAGUGUGACAGUCUGUGGUUUGAAGGCGUGGCCGUGAACUUCAGGGUUGGUGAGGUGGAGACGCCCUUUCACACCUUGAAAGUAGCUGUGUCAGCAGAACAGGAUCGGGUGGAGAAACUUCAGAAAGGAAAUCAUUUGGGGGAGACUAAGCAGGUUUCUCAGGGGGCUUUUCCAGAGAAGGAAAUUGAGAAGAAUCCUCCCAAGAAAAUAUAUGAAGGAGAGGAUCUACCUUCUGAAGACGAGUCUGCACAGUUUAAGAAACCAAGGCGGCCCAUGGCAAAGAGGACUGCAGCUGCCAGAAAUCUUACAAGAAAGAAAAGAAGAAUCUAA